CAUUUCUCUUGGUUUAGAUUUCGGUUAACAGUUGAUGCUGUUCUUCCAAAACAGGAAAAUGGCUUCUUUGUUCUCAAAAUCAACAUUGACAAGAGGUAAAGCUGAAGUGUAUGUGGCAGCAUUGCCCCUGAGAGCCACAAGAGGAGCGGCUCAGCUAGUCAUGUCUACUGCUUACUCUCUCAAUCUCUGGGAUUUGCAGCACUUCAUGGUCAUAAUUAAAUCCCACCCACCACCACCGCCACCUCCUUCUCAGGCCUUUAUAGUUUUUGAUUUUCAGCCAAAAGACCCUGAAAAUAUAUAUACAGCACUUGCAGUUCUGUCAGGUAGAGCAGUGCCAGGAGCUGUUCUUGUGCGGAAGUUGGCAAAGCUGCCAAGAAGCAAAUGCUGGUUCGUUGGAUCCUCUGAGGUGGAUACUUUAGAUGUUGCAACUGAAUUCAAUAACAGCUGGGAAACCAAUUUAAGGGUUGGUCGCCACGAUUGUCGUGAUUAUACAAAUGCCUUUUAAUUUGUUCUUUUGCCGACUGGAAGGAUUGGUAGAGCUUCUCACUGGUGAAGAAAAUGUGUUAGUGCGACUGAGAAACAGCGCUAGUCGUUAGAGCAUCAACUGAAGGCUUCAUGAACAUAGUCUUCUCUCACUUGUCAAAGCUGCUGUGUAGAACAAUAUUUUUGGUCUUGGAUCAUGUAAAAGUAAGAUUUUUCUUACCUAAAUUUAGUCCACCGUGAAUCCAGGACCCAAGACACAAGAUGCAUGGUGAAACUUAUUUAUUAAAUAUGUGAGUCCCAAAUGAUUAUAUUGAGUCCAUGAUGGACCCGGUUUAGACAAAAAUUUCCCCGUGAAAUUAUUCUAGGAUUUGGUUAACUCUCUUUUGCUCGACCGAGCUAGACAAGCUUGCCAAGUUUAGACUCACUUUACUUUCUUAAAGAUUUAUACUUUCUUUAAGAUUUAUACGAUGCCUAUAUAUUUUUAGCUUC